GUGAGAAAACAGUUUUGCUUCAUGUGAAAUCGGCAGUCAAACUUUUUUGACCUUGACAUUCAAGGGUCGUAACUCACAAGCGAACGUAUGCUUGGAAUAUUAAAAUUAAAUCCUUUAAAAUGCCGAAAGUUGAGUAUAGCAGGUUACAAGAUUCUGAUGUAGAAUUAUCUUCCAAAUAUCAGAAAACGUUUAUUGCUCGAUAUUACGGCCGAGCUAUCGUCGAACGAUGGCACACUCAGCCUAUGCUUCCAUGGAUCAUAGCAGAAAUACAAAGACUUGGAUCUCCAAAAUCGGAAACAGUCUUUUUGUCAAUCACAGAAUGCUCUAUCAAAGCGGUACACGUUAAAUAUGGACGCUUAGUAUUUGAACACAAAUUUGGUUCGAUUACAAAAUUUAAUCAAUUGGCUGAGUCCCCAAGAUGUUUUGCUUAUUUGACCCGAGAAAGUUCCGAUGUUUCGUUAUGCCAUGCGUUUCAAGCUAGUGAUGAACUUGCUGUCUUUCAACUGUUUAGUGUGCUAAAGGAUUCCAUCCAAGAAUCCUAUUUAGGAAUUAAGACAAAAGAAGACUCACCAUUUGAUGCCAUCCAAUGUAAACAAUGUCAACAGUAUGAAGUGUUAUAUGUUGGUAAAAUUAAGGUAACACAGAAAAGAGGGCCUCAAAGAUUUGUAGAUGAUUCAGUGAAAAAGAUCAUUGCUUCUAAAGAAAGUCCAGACUCCGAAAUUAGGGACCUCACUAAAGAUAUCGAGUCGAGAAAUUUCAAAAACAUUCUAUCCGAGCAAGAUAAGAAUGUGGCAGACUGGUCUUCGAAUAAAGCAAACAGUAUCCCACAUCCAUUGCUUUCUGUUAAAGAUACUGAACCAGACAAAAAUCAGAAAAGCAACCCUCGUCAUAGGGUGUCCAGCGAUGGAGGCCAUGGCGCUCAAGAAAAAAGUCCAUUUUGCUUAUCCCCUCCCGUUACGGCUUCGCUCAUCACCCAUUCCCAGAGUUUGGACACAUCGAGCCGUGAAGCCCUCGUUCACGACAUCCAGACUCUCUUCUUCAACACCGAGCAGUUUUCUUCAGUGAUUGAGGACGGCAGUCUGCACAGACAGACAUCGUUGCCACCAAUGAAUGCCAAGACGUUUCUAGAAUGCUCGCUAGGUUUCCCACUCACCCAAGAGGACUCUUCUCAUUCGCUGACCGAUGAUCACCAGCAUGACAAUAGAACGAUGUUGUUUCUCGUGAGUCCGUCGGAUGUUCGACUGAUCAGCACGGAUAAGAAAGAGUUGCUGUUCCUCAAAGAAUUUCACAGUAUAUCUCACUGUUCUCAGGGUGAAGAGUUUCCAGAACACUUUGGAAUUAUAUGUCGAGAGACUACAAUGACUGGAAUGGAUACUUUUGUUGGUUAUAUUUUCCAGUGCCAAUCAGCAAAAAUAGUGUGUGAAAUUAUGAAAACUUUGAAGCAAUCAUUUCAAUGUGCUGUAACUGCCUCACAAGAGAAAAGAACAACAUCCAAAGUAUUUAAAUUUUGUGAUACCUGUCCAAUGCACUGGUUUCAUCGCCUUUGUUCAGAUACAGAAGGUGAAAGUGCUGAACAAGUGCAGUCCAUGCUCAUGAUGCAUAUAGCAGCACUACCUGAAAAGGAACAAAAAGAGCUUAUGUCCAAGUACCAAGACAUAGUUGUUCGGAGCUCAGCAGAACAAAAUAUUGUGUUUAUGACUCUUUUACGAGCAUUGUGUGAGCAAAAACAAAUGAAGCACACUCAUUCAGUGUCUAAGGAUAAAAAAGAUAAAAGAGCUAUGUCGCCUCUUACAAGCAUUACAUCGAUGGCAAAGAAGACCUUCCCAUCAACAUUUGAUUCAGUUUUCAAGAUUUUUAAGGGUUGGAUCCAAAAAGAGUACUCAUCCAUUAAAAGAAAUAAAGGAACAACAUAACGCAGGUCACAAAGGGUCAUGGCGGAAACUGCUGUUUAAAAGAGUACAGAGUUCUUAUUCCAAAGAUACUAUAUUUGGAGAAGUAGUCCAAGAGAGAAGAAUAGAACCUCCAAAACACUCGUCUUCCCAUUUAAAGGCUUUGUGGAAAAAAGCUA